ACUAUCCGCCAUAUGAUGGAGAGACACUGUACCUCUCGUCGCUUCUAUUCACCGUUACUGUAGCUGUGUUAUUGUACAUUUCGUUGUAUAAUCUUCAGCUCGGAUUGGCAGCGCGGGCAGCUGGUGCUGCCACCCUGUCUCUGGUGGUUUAUGAGGAGGAGCUACAGAAAGAGCCGGGGUUUAACAUACAGGGAAACUUCCCUCAGUGCCACUCACACAGAAGAGAGAAACGCGGGCUAACACCCUGCCUCUUCUUCCACGAGAACUCAAGAAGAGGCGCCGCGGUGAACGCCUGUGGUGCUACCAGGAAUUUGUUGGUCCCCUUCGUCACUCCACGUCACUGUCCUGGUAGCUCAGCCAAGUUGAGCCUGAAAGCUGUAAAUCAGAAUGGGUGCUGAGGGAGACGCAGCCUCUCAGGGCGGUAGUGUGCGGCUGCAGCAGGAGAUUUCUCUCCUCCAUGGUGUAUGUCUCAUUGUGGGAAACAUGAUUGGCUCGGGCAUCUUUGUCUCACCUAAGGGCGUCCUAAUGUACACAGGCUCAUUUGGCCUCUCCCUGGUUGUGUGGGCCAUUGGAGGGGUAUUUUCUGUGUUUGGAGCAUUAUGUUAUGCUGAGCUGGGAACCACCAUACAUAAAUCUGGGGCGUCUUACGCCUACAUCCUAGAGGCCUUUGGAGGUUUCUUAGCUUUUAUUAGACUGUGGACAUCACUGUUGAUAGUAGAGCCAGCCUGUCAGGCAGUGAUAGCCCUGACCUUCUCCAACUACCUCGUCCAGCCUUUCUACCCUAGCUGCAUAGCCCCCUACGAGGCUGUCCGUCUCAUUGCUGCUGCCAUUAUAUGUCUGUUGACUUAUGUGAACUGUAUGAAAGUGAAAUGGGGUGCCAUCCUUCAGGUCAUUUCCACUGUAGCCAAGGUCCUAGCUCUUAUUGUCAUCAUUAUUGCUGGUCUGGUGAAGCUGUCACAAGGUUUUGACCAGAACUUUGAAAACUCAUUCAAAGGGUCCAAGCUGAAUCCUGGUGACAUGGCUUUGGCCCUUUAUUCAGCACUGUACUCCUACUCAGGCUGGGACACACUCAACUUCAUCACAGAGGAAAUCAAGAACCCAAAGAGGAAUCUGCCCUUAUCCAUCGCUAUCUCGAUGCCUAUUGUCACAGUGAUCUACAUCUUGACCAACAUAGCUUAUUACGUGGUCAUGGAUGCAGACAAAGUACUCAACAGUGAAGCUGUUGCUGUGACUUUUGCAGAUGAGGUGCUGGGCUGGGCUCGUUGGCUGAUCCCUCUGGCUGUGGCCAUUUCUUGUUACGGAGGCCUCAACUCCUCUAUCAUUGCUGCUUCCAGGUUGUUUUUUGUUGGUUCCAGAGAAGGCCACCUACCUAAUGUCCUGUGCAUGAUCCACAUCAAGCGUUUCACUCCGAUUCCUGCCUUGCUUUUCAAUGGUGCCAUGUCUCUGUUGUACCUGUCUGUGCCUGAUGUUUUCCAGCUGAUCAACUAUUUUAGUUUUAACUACUGGUUGUUUAUCGGCCUCUCUAUUGCCAGCCUGAUCUACCUUCGUUUCAAAGCUCCUGAUCUGCCCAGACCUGUCAAGCUCUCUCUGUUCUUCCCAAUCACUUACUGCAUAUGCAGUGUAUUCCUGGUGGUCGUGCCUCUCUACAGCGACACCAUCAACUCUCUGGUUGGAAUUGCUGUGGCACUGUCUGGCGUACCAGUCUACUACUUCUGCCUCCACUUGCCACAAAGCUCCAGACCAGCAUUCCUUGGAAAAAUACUAAAUAGGAUCUCUGUUGUCACCCAAAAGCUGUGUAUGUGUUGUCCGGCCUCGACCGACAUCGAUCUGGACAACAUUCACCCUGAAAAGAUAGAAUGAUGAAGCGUGAAAGGACUCUAAAGAACCAAGAGCGUUGUGAAGAUGAUGAAUCGAAGAAAGACGCUGCGGACAAUCAGCAUUUAGACGAGUAAGACUUGAAUGGAUUUAAAAGAGAACGUUUGCCACACGAAUGAGAGACAGAUGAAUUUGAUUUGUACACGAUGACCCUCCAACUCACAGCACUCUGCUCGAGCUGUACUUUCACAUGGUGGCACAAGGCGCAGUGUUGGUUGCGCACUUCGGUUGCGACACUACCACACACACACACACACACACACAUGCACAUAAGCUAACCAGAAGCCUUAGAGUGACACUGCAACACACAGAAAUGGAUGACCCGGGUCAGAGUGAGUUGACUGGGGAUUGACUCAUUCAUAGGAGGUUGUUGGAGUCGAUGCAUAUGUGUUGAUGGUGUUAGCUGUGGCCUUUUGUUUCUUCCUGACUUUUCAGUCCUUUCACUCAAAAUCCUUAUGUUCUUCAGCUGUUAUUAAGUCCCUCAUGUUAAUAAAUAAUGAUUCUUUUAAAAUGAAGUUUGUAACCACUGGCCUCAGGUGGCAAAUGUCAGUUCAGACAAUACAUUUCACAAGUAAAAAAGCUGUGAUUAGGGGGAAAAAUAGUUAGAAGCCCUUAAGAUUUGUUUAGAUUUAUCUUGGGACCACUCAAAUUAAUCCUGAACCCUUUCUUUAAACAAAUAGUUUGGGGUUUAUCGGCCUGUUGUGCUUAUUGUUACAUCUCCUUCACCCACAACUAUAAGUGUAAACAAUACUGGUAUAGCAGCCAGAAACUGAAUGCAGAAAGUGCUAUGAAUGACGGCAUUUCUGUACAUUUGGGAUUUGCUGCACAUCUACCUUGCUGAUUUAAAGCUUUAUUCUAAUCUGUUGUUGUGAUGAUGGACCAAAAUUACACAAGAGGUUUUGUUAGGAUUUAGUUUAGGGAAUAGGUCUCGGAAUUAGUUGUUGACUCAGUGUUUCUGUCAACUCACGGUGUUCUCUUUGAGGAGUGGUAAUCCUGUGGGAUUACAGGAUAUUGUGCUUUUGUGUGCAAUGAGAACAUAUUUAAUUUAUCUGCUUUCAGCCAAAUCCUUCAUUUGUAUCUUCAGGGCUGUGUUUGAUUUCUGGUGCCUCCUAGUGGUAGCUAAUAUGGACUUCCAUGGACCAGCAGCAAAGUUUUCCCCAAGUGUCAUUGGAAUGUCCAUUUCCAGCGGGUGUUUUUGUCGUUUUCAUAUACAGUACGUGUAUUUACACACAUUGAUGGGACUGUCAUGACUGUCUAGAUUAAGCACAUGUACCAGAUGAGGAGUCUGGCUUGUUUUCCUUCAGAGUAGGAUCUAUAUUGAUACAUACCUCAGGAGUCAUCUUGCUGAUGUGCACAAAUUGCUGAUUUUUGUCGAUUUAUCGUUUUGCUCACUCUUGUCUUUAGCGUAUCACAGGUGGGGUAUUUCAUGUGAUGAUGUCUAAAUCGCCGUCUUGGAUCAUUUAUCCACAGUGCAUAACCAAAGGUCUUUAAGAGGCUGAUAGUCUUUCUACGUACAGUGUCGUGAGCCUGUUGCAAAGUGAGAACAUUAAAGCUAUAGUGUGUAGAACUACAAGUGGUUUUGUCGUCCUUAUCGACCCUGUGAUUGUGCCUUCUGUGAUUGUGGUCCGGCAAAUCACUGGUUUGUCAGUUGGAAACGAUCAGGACUCGGGUUUUAACUAUAUUUAGAGUCUUGUCUUAACCACUUUCAUAACACCAGCCAAUAGAAGAAAACAUAAUGUGUUAAAUGUUGCUUUCACAUUUAAAUGCAAGCUAGUCAGCUGCGUGUUAUGUGCCAUACAUAUAUACAUAUUUAUAUAUAUAUAUAUAUAUGCAGUAAAGAAUAUCUAUAACCAUUUAUAUUGUCAUGUUAUGAAUUGUUGUAUACGCAGAAAACGCACAGGACUUGAAUGAUGCAUUUCAUUGGGUACCAAACUUAUUUUUUUCUGGUCAGGUUGAUGUUUGUUAGCCAAGUUGUGUACAACUGUGUGUCUGCUCGGUUCAUUGUUUUUAUUUAUUAUUAUGUUCUAGACUGCAGGAAGUGUGUGUAUGCCCAAAAUAAGGCAUGAGUGUACUGUGUUUUUAUCUUAAUAAACGCACUGAACAGAAAGUGCAUUGUAAACACU